AUGAAGUUUUGGACAGUUGAGUUAGAUGAUGAAUUGAUUGUGAAGAUUCUAUUUGGUUGUCCUGCUUUGGAAGCUAUGGGACUGAAUGAUUUCUAUGGUUUUCAUAUUCUGGAAAUUGGUAGGAGUAAUAAAAAUUUGAAGACACUGAAGUUGCACAACUUUUGGCCGUAUUAUGAAGAAGGUGGUGAUUAUCAUUCAUUGGAAAUUGCAGCACCAUAUCUUCAGCAUUUGAAGAUUUCAGGACAUCUUUUAGAUCCUAAGUGUGUUAGGACCGAAAAAAGUCAGGUGGGUUUUGGACACGUUGAGGAUGAUAGUUGUCGCGAUUAUCAUGCUGCUUUUUGCACCCUCGUUGAAGAGUAUCUUCAUAAAUUGGGACAUGUAACAGAGCUAACGAUUGGGACUUGGUUUGCAGAGGUCCUGUUCAAACUGCAGCUUGAUAAUGUGCAGCUUCCAGAAUUGAAAUGCAAGUGCCUUACGCUAAAGUUACACAUAACAAAGUAUAAUUUGUAUGGAGUAGCUAGCCUUUUGCGCGCCUCGCCUCAUCUGGAGACCCUCAACAUAGACAUGGAUGUUGACACGGAGAACCAUGAUAGGCUUUUUGAACUUUCUAAAUUUCUGUUAAAAGAUGCGAUGGCUUUGGAGAAGUUCGUUAUCAGGUCAAAGAGAAAAUGCUGCAGCUUGUGUUCAAGAUACUGUGUCUCCUCAUAUUCAUCAGGAUUGGCUGCGAAAUUGUUAGGUUGCCCAAGACGCUCCACCAAAUUUGUGAUGAUUUUCCAGGAGUCCUGA